AUGCCAGGCAAACAGGACAGUCCAGUUAUGCCCAUUGCCAUCGUUGGCAUCGGGGGCCGAUUCCCCGGGGACGCAUCGAAUCCAGAUCGGCUUUGGGAACUCCUCCUGAACGCGAAAAGCACGCUCUCGGAGACGCCUAAAGAUAGAUUCAGCGCAGAUGCAUUCUACCACCCGCAGCCUGAUCGCCCAGGAACUUCAAACUCGUGUGGUGGCCACUUCAUGAACCAAAAUAUCGAUGAAUUUGAUGCGCCAUUUUUCUCUAUCACCCCUUCCGAGGCGAGAGCCAUGGAUCCCCAGCAGCGAAUGUGCCUGGAAGUUGCAUACGAGGCUAUGGAAAAUGCGGGUAUUACUAUGGAUCGUAUCUCCGGAUCUCGCACCUCUUGCUACGUCGGGUGCUUCAACCAUGAUUACCAGCUCCUCCAGAACUUGGAUCUCGAUAACCUUCCAUUUUAUCAUGCAACAGGGACCGAGUCAUCAUGUCUCUCGAAUCGCGUCUCAUGGUUCUUCAACUUGGCUGGCCCAAGCAUGACAGUUGAUACAGCAUGUUCUUCGUCUCUCAUAGCACUCCAUCUUGCCUGUCAAAGUAUUCGGCUUGGUGAAUCAGAAACGGCGCUUGUGGGUGGUGUGAACAUCAUCUCGUUCCCAGAGAUUUACAUGAAGCUUUCCAACCUACAGAUGGUCUCCCCGGAUAGCAAGUCGCAGACCUUCGAUGAGAAGGCUAAUGGCUACGGUCGUGGGGAGGGUACCUGUUUCGUGGUGCUCAAACCACUAGAUAAAGCCAUCGAAGACAACGAUGUCAUUCGUGCAGUGAUCCGCAAUACCGGAAGUAACGAGGAUGGGAAUACACCCGGCCUGACACUUCCAUCAAAGAACAUGCAGAAAGCCCUGAUCGAGAAGGUGUACGAAGAGGCGGGAUUGCAAAUGAGAGACACAGGGUAUUUUGAAGCACAUGGUACUGGAACAGUCGCAGGGGAUUCAAUUGAAACCCAAGCCUUGGGAGAGACCAUUGGAAAAUCGAGACCGCCAGGUCAGCCACUCUGGGUGAGAUCGUUAAAGGCAAACAUCGGUCAUCUCGAAGGCGGCAGCGGUCUUGCAUCGCUUAUAAAGACUGUCUAUGUUCUUGAAAAAGGCAUAAUUCCGCCUCAAGUCUGGCUGGACAAACUCAAUCCCCGUAUUCGCGCCGAGGAAUGGAACUUAGCCGUGCCUACGGAAGUAACUCCAUGGCCAGACCAAGGUCCACGGCGAGCUAGUGUUAACUCGUUCGGAUUUGCUGGUGCUAAUGCACACGCUAUCCUGGAAGAUGCUUACUCCUAUCUCGAGGCAAAUAUUGGCAGGGGCCGUCACAAUUCCAAUGUACCCGCGAAACUUGCCGAAAACCCUGACCUGUGUCGUGACAAGCAUGAUGCAAAUAGCCUCACUUUAUCGCGAGAUACACAUGGCUAUGUGCAACCGUUUCCGAAGUUGAUUUUGUGGUCGGCCCACGAGCAAGGCGGGCUGAAACGAAUUUCGGAGUCAUGGAAACAAUUUCUCGAUGGAAAGUCGGGCAUGCUCACGCAAGUCGAGCGGUCGAAACUGCUGUCGGACUUGGCGUAUACAGCAGUAAAGCGGCGCACGCAGUUUCCAUGGAGGUCGUUCACUGUUUGCUCGGAUCCAGGAGAGAUUGCGAGCGGCGAAGUUGAUAUAGCCCCUGCUGUCCGAUCAUCACAGCGGCCCAGGCUUGCCCUCGUUUUCACUGGUCAGGGUGCGCAGCACCAUGCAAUGGGUCGCCGAUUAAUGCACUACGACGUAUAUGCCAAUAGUCUGAGAGCUGCCGACCAAUAUCUGGAGUCUUUGGGCUGCCCGUGGUCACUUGUGGAAGAGCUCUCUCGUGAUGCAGAAUCUUCCAGGAUAAAUCCUCCUGAAUUCAGUCAACCUCUUUGCAUUGCAUUGCAAGUGGCGAUGGUUGACCUCCUGAAAAGCUGGGACAUAUGGCCCCCUGAGGCGGUGAUUGGUCAUUCUGGUGGAGAAACAGCCGCUGCUUAUGCAAAGGGUGCCCUAACCCGAGAGGCAGCCUGGACAGUGGCAUAUUAUCGCGGUCAGGUGUGCUCGAUAGCACCAGACAUUGACCCAGACCAUCCCCUUGAUGGUGAUAUGUUAGCGGCUGCUAUUAGUGAGCAGGAGGCUCAGUCUUAUAUUCAACAGGUGUCCUCUGGAAAGCUUGUCGUUGCCUGUGUCAACAGUCCGAACAGUGUUACCCUGUCUGGUGACGUUCCUGCGAUUAUCGAUGCUGCGAAGCUCAUAAAAUCCGAUGGCCAUCUAGCUAAGAAGCUUGGGGUAAAUCGAGCUUAUCACUCAGCACAUAUGAAGGUGGUGGAGGACAUGUACCGAGACCUUCUGAAAGAUGUGCAUGGUCUUCCAGAGACACCGGAUUCACCGAAGAUGUUUUCGUGUGUGACAGGAGCGUCAAUUGACAACUGUAACUUGGGUGGAGAUUACUGGGUGACAAACCUCAUAAACCAGGUUAAAUUCUCUCAGGCAAUGCAAGCACUUAUCAACCAUUCGGGCAGUCGGAGAUCGAAGCGCCCGAAGGGGUAUUCCUAUGUCAACCUCAUGCUUGAGAUCGGCCCUCACGGUGCCCUCCAAGGACCGGUGAAACAAAACUUGAAGGCAAUGCAGGUAGAUUGUACUAGUGUAUCUGCCUUGGAUCGGAACAAGGAUGCAGCACAAAGUCUCCUGGAGGCGAUUGGUGUUCUUUUCCAGCAUGGGUACGAUUCUAAUAUUGUUGCCGCAAAUACCCCUGAUCCAAGCGAAACAACUCAGCUUCUUGUCGACUUACCACCCUAUCCGUGGAAUCAUUCUAAUCGAUAUUGGCACGAAUCAGCUGUAGCCAGUGCAUACCGGUUCAAGAAAUUCCCCAGGAAGGACCUCCUUGGAAUCAGGGACAACGAGAGUAACAACGCCCAUGCACGCUGGCGUCAUUUCCUCCGCCCUUCCGAAAACCCCUGGAUUGAAGAUCAUCAGGUGCAAGGUAAAGUAAUUUAUCCCGCCGCCGGAAUGCUUGUCAUGGCAUUGGAAGCCGCGAGGGAAACGGCAGACCCUGACAAGGCGAUAAAGGCGUACGAGAUACGUGAUGUGUCUAUUAAAAACGCCAUUAUUAUUCCCAAGGGAGAAGAGGGAGCAGAAACGAUGGUGCAUUUUCACCGAAAGUCCUCGGGAUGGCAAGAAUUUUCGAUAUAUUCCCGUGUUGGCCACAAUCCCUGGUCACAAAACUGCACUGGCGUCCUGCGGGUACAGUAUAAGGUCAAUCAAAACAUGGGAUCAUUUACGAAUGAAGAAGAGGAGACAACCAUGUUGUAUCGAUCAGAAUAUGAGGAAGUAGAAAAAAGAUGCUCUCGGUCCAUGUCGUCUGAAGAUUUCUAUGCAGAACAAUCUGAACUAGAUCUCUGCUUCGGUGAAACGUUUCAGAACGUCAGCAACCUCCGAUUGAACCAGGGAGAAAUGGUUUUCGAUGUUCAAACACCAGAUGUGAGGAGCAAGAUGCCGCACAACUUCACUCACGACCACUUGGUGCAUCCCUGUACUCUCGAUCCGGUUAUCCAUGCUUCACUUGCCAUAUUAAAUCACGGAGACGGAGAAAAAGGACCAGCGAUUCCCACGUCCAUCGGUAGACUGGUUAUAUCCGCGGGUAUUUCGGCUCGCCCGGGCACGGUCCUCAGGGCACACUCUUCAGCGACACGACAUGGCCUAAGAGAUGCAGAAUUGAACAUUCGGGCAUUCUCUGAGAACAGGGAAAAGCCUCUUAUAAUCCUGGACAGAAUCAAAGUCACUCGCCUAGGAGGUGGUGUUAGCUCUGAGGGUCAAGAUGGUCUGGAAACAGCCCAGAAGAGAAUUGCAAGUGAGAUAUACUGGGAACAAGAUGCUUUGCAUCUGAAGAGCCAGGAACUUCGCAAACUGGAUUUGUCAAAUCCUGCAGCGGAUGGUCCAGACAAAAUGGGACCUUUGGAAUCAUUCAUCAGACUUCUCGGACACAAAUUUUCUGAUCUAAAGAUUCUAGAGAUAGGUGCCGGAGAUGGCAAUGUAACAGAGAGGCUUCUUGAUGCGCUUGAGGGGCACGAUGGUGAAUCAGUUCCGUUACUGGAGCAGUACACUGCCACCAGAUCAAAUGAUGAAGCAGCAUUAUUGAAGAAAAGGAUGCAUUCCCGUGGGUCAUAUUUUCAUGCCACCCCAUUGGCCCUGAGCCAAGAUUGGCAGGAGCAAGGAUUAUCGUCCCAAACAUACCACUGUAUCAUCAUCAACACUGGGGACGGACGGACGGCAGCCGGGAACGCAAUUGAGCAAUCCAAAGGCUUGUUAAAAGCCAACGGGGUUCUCAUUGUACUUCUCGCAAAGGACUCGAGUGAGUCUCGAGAAACGUGGAUACAAAGCCUGGCAGAGAGAGGCCUGACGAACAUCGAAUACGUGGCUUCGGAAGAUCGUAACAGUGCCGCCUCUUCCAUUCCGUUCCUUAGCUCAAGGAUGGCGACUGAUUUGGACAGCGCCCUUCCCAAAGACAUUCUGCUUGUCGGCCCUUGUCGCCCUGGUGAGCUGUCGAGGAGUCUGACAGAGCAGCUACAGUCUCAUGGUAUACGCAUACAUCAUGCCACUCUAUGCGGUACGGAGCAGAUAGACCUCGGAGGCAAAUUCUGCCUAUUUCUCCCGGAGUUGGAGCGCCCGAUACUGUUUGAUUCUAACGCAAAGGAUUUCUUGCUCCUCAAACGUUUACUUCUUGAGUCAAAGGGCACACUCUGGGUAACGGCAGGGGCGACUUUUGAAUGCAGUAACCCCAAAGCAUCAUUGGUAACGGGGCUUUUCCGGAGUGUUAGCCAUGAGCACCCCGAACUAUCACUGACGACACUUGACUUGGAUACCGAAGACUCUCAUAGCCAUAUCGGUGCUAGCAUCAUUAUGGGUGUUCUGAAACGCAUUGCAAACGGGGAUAUCGACCACGAAUUCACGGCGCGUGGUGGUCAAAUUCUGAUUCCGCGUAUCAGAAUGAAUAAGAGGCUCAAUGACUUUUAUUCAGUUCUUCGCGACGGACCUCAGCCAGUGCCUGGGCCAUUGAAACAACUGGGAAGAUCAUUGGGUCUUUCCCUGGGUGCGCCGGGGGUCUUUGAGUCAAUUCAUUUUCGGGAUGAUCUGAGCCACCAAGAAUCCUUGUCCCCUGACACUGUCGAGAUAGAAGUCAAGGCAACUGGGCUUAACUCGCAUGAUCUUCUGUCAGCUCUUGACCAAGUCGCCUACCCUACAUUCGGCCAUGAGUGUAGCGGUAUCAUCCGCAAUGUGGGCGAAGCUGUCACCAAAUACCGAACAGGAGACCGAGUCAUGGCUUGGAGUUCCGGGGCGUUUGCAAAUUUCACUCGCGUUCCAGAAGCCAUGGUGCAGCCGAUGCCAUUCGGGAUGCCCUUUCCAGUGGCAGCGUCAUUGCCAGUCAGCUACUGUGUUGCCUAUCACUCCUUAGUUGAAUGUGCGAGACUGCGACGUGGCGAGAGCCUUCUCAUCCAUACGGGGGCUGGCGGGGUAGGGCAAGCCGCCAUCAUGAUCGCACUAAAUCUGGGCGCAAAGGUGUAUGUCACCGUAGGGUCAGAAGAGAAGAAAAUCCACCUCAUGGAUACAUACGGCAUUCAGGAUGAUCACAUCUUUUACAGCCGCGAUCUCAGCUUCUCUCAAGGAGUAUCCAGGUUGACCAAAGGGAGUGGUGUUGAUGUUGUACUCAAUUCGCUGUCAGGUGAACAGCUUCAACAUUCACGAUCAUGCGUGGCUUCGUUUGGACGAUUUGUGGACAUACGAUUGAAUAGUACUGUCGAGGAUACCGGGCUUGACAUGGGUCCUCUUCCCAAAAAUGUGGCAUCUUUCUCUAUCAAUGUCCAUGAACUAUACAACAAAUAUCUGCCGCGCGCAGCGACCCUGUUCGAGAAUGCGAUGAGAUUUUAUUUCGAGAACAAUUGUAACCCGCCAUCCCCUUUGCAUGUCAUGACCUUUUCAGAAAUUUCUGAUGGUCUCCGACUUCUGCACAGCGGCAAGCAGAUGGGCAAGAUAGUUUUUCCAGGCCAAUGA